ACAGUUGUCACCUAUUCGCUACACGAACUGGUUGUUAAACCUAUUAAUUUGUCCAUAGAAUUAUUAUCAGUAUAUAAGUAGAAUACUCUUAAUUUAAAAAAAAACAAAAUGUAUCGAAUUUCGGUUUCAGCUUAUUUAACCGCUGUGCUUCUAAGCUUUUCAAAAUCAAUGGGUAAUCCGCUCAUCGAUGGUGAAAUUCUGACCCCGCCACCCGGCCUUCUUGACAACCUUCAGAUGCCUGCAGCAUGCGAAGAUCAAACGUUCUGUUUCGAAAAGGGUGAUAACUAUCCUGACAAGCUAGUCGAAGACUUCUUAAAAGCGUUUCCUUUACAGGAUACACUCGGCUCAAGGAUAGGCUUUAGUUUCCGAGACGGAGAUAAGGAGAGUGGUAAUGCGGAUUGUCCAGCAAACAACACAUUUGUUGAUAAGCCUAUUUACUACAUUUUUGAUGAAGAGGGUAAAGUCAGACCAGUUAUUCAAUCUCCCAAAAAGUUCGAGCAAAUCUACAGUACCAGAUGGUGUGUGAAUGAAGGAAAAAUCAUUAAGGAUACGGAACAUUUUGCUCUUCAAACGCCAAGAUUCAAAACUUUUCAAGUUGAAUGUGUUACAAAGUAUAUGGAUUUUGAGUUCAUAGUGUUGGAAGAAGAUUUUGAUAAAAUAACAUACAAAUUUGUGAAGGCUAUGGAUGGUAUUCCAGUUUGCUGCAGAUGUCAAUACCAUAGGAAGAAAAUUCAGUAAUAUUAACAAUUAUUUAUUAAUUUAAGCAAAGUGUAUGAAACUAGACAACAGAGGCUCACCGUGUAUCUAUAAAGUAGUUUAUAUAUAAUAAAUAAAUAAAUAUAAGUCAAUAAUUAUAAUAAAUUAAGCUUGAAAUAUAUUAUAUAAUGAAUGAACUGAAUUAUCAUAAA